GUCUCAAACAGUUCUUUCAUAUUUCUCCGCAAAUGGCUGAGCCCAUUGUGUCAUUUCUUGUGGAAUCCAUCGGCAGAUUGCUGAUGGAAGAAGGAAAGUUUUUAGUAGGGGUGAGGGAUGAAGCUGAGCAACUUCAUUCAGAACUUAAAAUGAUGCGGGCAUUGCUGAGAGAUGCCGAUGAAAGGCAACAUGAGGCCGCAGGUGCCCUCGUCAGGGAGUGGGUUUUACAAAGUAAAGAGGUAGCUUAUGAAGCAGAAAACAUUUUGGAAGAUUAUGCUUUCAAGCUUGCGACAAGAAGCAACAAAAAAGGUGUGAUAGCUGCAGUUAAACGCUGUGCUCGUAUCCUUAAUGAGUGCUAUAUUCGUCACAAAGUUGGGUUAGAGAUUCGGAGUCUUAACUCUAGAAUUUCCAACCUAAGAGGACUCUUUCAAGGAUACGGCAUAAGGGCUUUAACUGAAAAAGUGGAAUACGGAUCGGGUCACUCUACUAGUCAACAACAGUUGAGGAUGACAUAUUCCAUUAAUGUUGUUGAAGAUGAAGACUUUGUCGGAUUCAGACACGAUGUCGAGAUACUGGUGGAGAAACUGGUGAAGGAAGAUGAUGUUUCUGGCCAGCAGUAUGGGGUUGUUUCAAUCAGUGGCAUGGGAGGAUCCGGAAAGACCACACUUGCGAGGAAGGUCUACAAUCACCCUUCCGUGAAGCGUCAUUUUGAUGCCUUGGCGUGGGUUUGUAUAUCCCAAAAAUGGCAAGCCAGGCAGAUAUUGGAAGGGAUUUUAUUCAGUUUCCUUCCAGCGAGAAGGCAAGAGAUCAAAAUGUGGAGAGACGAAGAGAUAGUUACAGAGUUGCUUCGCUUCCAGCAGAAUCGAAAUUGCCUGGUAGUUCUUGAUGACAUUUGGUCCAUUGAUGCUUGGGAGUGCAUCAAAUUUGCAUUUCCAGUCAGAAAGAAAGUCAACAAAAUAUUGAUCACAACUCGAAACAAAAAUGUGGCUAUGCAUAUUGGUCGUCGUCUUCAUGGUUACCACCAUGAACCAAGAUUGUUGAGCGUUGAGGAAGGCUGGGAGUUGCUUCAGAAAAAAGCACUCAAACAUGAACCCACAACAGGGUAUGGUGACAUCCAUAGACUAGAGGCAUUAGGAAAAGAAAUGGUUAAAAUCUGCGGUGGCCUUCCAUUAGCUCUUGUAGUACUUGGAGGAGUUCUGGCAACAAAAGAGGGCUUCCAUGAGUGGAACUUGGUGUAUCGAAACAUCAAGCGUUAUCUAGGGAAGGGAGAAAGUAUCCAACAGGAAGAGGAGGGAGAAAUCCAAAAGAUUUUGGCUAUGAGUUACAAUGACUUGCCAUACAAAUUGAAGCCUUGUUUUCUUUACAUGAGCUGCUUCCCGGAGGAUGAGGAGAUUGAUACCGAGAGAUUGUAUCAUCUGUGGAUCGCGGAAGGGUUGGUGUUCGCAGAGGAUAGAAUAAGGGAAGAAGAAACAAUAAUAGAUGUUGCUGAGCGAUAUUUGGAGGAGCUAGUCAAAAGAUGCAUACUCCAGGCGAAGAAAAAUUUUCGACUCGGAAGAGGGUAUAGGUUAUGUAAGAUUCAUGACCUAAUGAGAGACUUGUGUCUGGCCAAGGCAAGAGAAGAAAAAUUCCUCGAGGUAGUUGAUUGUGAACAUGAAAAUGGUGCUCCCUCAUCAACUGGUAAUGCUAGCAGCAUUCAUAGGAUCGUGAUUUAUUUAAGAGAAAAUGAUGCAUCAAGAUACGUUUUCCCUGAAAUGGAAGCAACUCGGCAUCUUAUCAGGGCACUGGUAUUUCGUGCAAGAAGCAGUGGAAACUGUAUACCACAAUUGACAGCUUCCAAUUUCAAUAAGUUUAAGAUGCUAAGAUCUCUGUCUAUUGAAGGUGUCAUCACACCAGGAAUUGAAAGAAUUUCAGAAAGCAGUAGCAUCCCAGAUGAUGUUUUCAAGUUACAAAUAGGCAAGCUUAUUCACUUGAGAUUCCUGAGUUUGAGAGAAUCCAAAUUGGUCAUAUCUCCCGCGUCUAUAAGCAGCCUUGAACACUUGGAAACUCUUGAUCUAACGCGGGCAAAGAUAGGGUUGACAGAACCAUAUGUACCCUUCAAGUUUAGAAGGUUGAGGCAUCUAAUUUUGAUGGGUUUUGAAAUAAUUGGCUCUUACAAACUCCAAAUCAUCGUCUCAAAUACAAUCGAGAUCAUCAAUGCCCUAGACUAUGAUGCGGUAGUUGUUCAAAAUCUCUUAGAGUUGAGCCAUCUCCGAAAGAUAUACAUACGUCUGUCUGACAAUGUGAUAGGUGUUGAAGAAAUGUUAAAGCUCAUAUCCAAUUCAAAUCAGCUAAGGGAAGCAAUAAUCUUGGGUUUUGAUUUGUUUCAACGCUACAGCCCAGAAACAGAGUUAGAACUUGUUGGACAAUUGUUCAGAAGCAAUCUUGAAUACCUAUACCUUCACUCCAGACUGCGUAGGCUGCCUGAAUAUCAACCUCACAUGUUUAGGAACCUGUCAGAACUAAUACUGUCAGCUUCCUGGCUGGAAGAAGAUCCAAUGGAAUUGCUGGAAAAGCUUCCAUGCUUGCAGACACUUGUGUUUUGGUUAGAUGCCUACUUGGGAAAAGAAAUGGUGUGCCAUUCCGGUGGUUUUACGGAACUCAGAUACUUGGUACUACAUCAUUGCCAUAAUUUAGAGAAGUGGACACUGGAGGUCGGAGCCAUGCCUAAUCUUGCUUAUCUUCAGAUGAGCUCCUGUGAAAGUUUAAAGUAUGUUCCAGAGGUUUUGUUGACCAUUUCUACACUCAAAGAAAUAGUGCUCGAGGACAUGAGUGAAGAAUUCAGGUCAGACUAUGCAUUGAAAUUCCCACCGCGAAAAAACCUGCUGGUCUAAAGUUUCUUUGAAUCCAUGAAAAUGUAAAAAGGCUCUUUCUCGUCUUUGAUUAGAUACAAUGCGAUAUGAAUAUGUUAUAUGUGUGCGACAAGUUUAUUUGUAAAUGAAAUUCGUAUUCUUAAAAGGAAGGGGG